GGAGGCAGGGGCGGGCGCCCGCGGCGGAAGGAAGGCAGGAUGUUCCAGUCUGUGAUGUCUGUGAUGAGGUUCUCAGUGUCUGACAACAUCACACAUUCAACUGCCCUGGUUACACCACUGGAUAAUGUGACAACUUCGGUGCCAACAACCACGCAGGCAAUCAAUGACACCAACAUCACUGUGCCGCACAAGUGCCUGUUGUUGCUCUAUGAGGACAUUGGGAAGUCCAGGGUCCGCUACUGGGAUCUUCUGCUCCUGGUUCCCAAUGUGCUUUUCUUUAUGUUUCUUCUCUGGAAACUGCCCUCUGCCAGGGCCAAAAUCCGGGUAACUUCCAGCCCAAUCUUCACUACAUUCUACAUACUAGUAUUUGUGGUGGCUUUAGUUGGGAUUGCUCGUGCUGUUGUCUCCAUGACUGUGAGUGCCUCUGAUGCUGCCACAGUUGCAGAUAAGAUCCUGUGGGAGAUCACAAGAUUCUUCCUUCUGGCGAUUGAACUGAGCGUGGUGAUUCUAGGCCUUGCCUUUGGUCACCUGGAGAGCAAGUCAAGUGUGAAACGUGUUCUGGCAAUCACUACAGUGCUGUCUCUGGCAUAUUCUGUCACCCAGGGCACCCUGGAAAUCCUCUACCCUGAUGCCCACCUCUCAGCAGAAGACUUCAACAUCUAUGGCCAUGGAGGGAGACACUUUUGGCUUGCCAGCUCCUGUUUCUUCUUUCUGGUCUAUUCCUUGGUGGUGAUUCUUCCAAAAACUCCUCUCAAAGACCGGAUUUCUUUGCCCUCCAGGAAGAGUUUUUAUGUUUAUGCUGGAAUCCUGGCACUGCUGAACCUGGUGCAGGGCCUGGGUAGUGCUCUUCUCUGUGUGGAUAUCAUAGAAGGACUGUGCUGUGUUGAUGCAACCACGUUCCUUUACUUCAGCUUCUUUGCACCUCUCAUAUAUGUGGCAUUCCUGAAAGGCUUCUUUGGGUCUGAACCGAAGAUCCUUUUCUCCUACAAAUGUCAAGUGGAUGAGCCUGAGGAUGUGGAUGUGCACCUACCCCACCCUUAUGCUGUUGCCAAGAAGGAAGGAAUGGAUUCUGGCUUCUACUCAAGCACUCAGAUAGACACCACAGCCUACCUGGAUGACGUGGCCUCCAUGCCAUAUCACGUGGGCAGUAUCAACAGCAUAGACAGUGACCGCUGGAAAGCCAUCAAUGCCUAAAGCAGGGCUACCUGCUUCGUGUGAUGUCUUGUUCCUUUCCUUCCAAACUCCCUGAUACCACAGCUGUUAGGAUGUCCUCUGGAAACCUGUCCUUGGCUACCUGCCAUGGCUUUCCACUCUUCCUUAGGGUUUCCAAAACCUAUUGUGGAACUGAGUUGGCAGUCCAAAUUCUGUUGAAAAGAAUAUUUUCGUGUCACUGAGAACAAUGUAAACCAGUUUUCUUCAUAAACCUAUAAACACUGAACCUUCCUGUUCUGCCGUGUUCCAGAUGUGAAUAUGACCCAGAAGACAGGCCUGCCUGGCACCUCUUCCUUUUCAGUGACUGAAAGCACUUGUCUGCCAGUUUGGGGAGCAGUGUUUAGGGAUGAAGGUGCUGAUUUGACUGCUGUAUUGUACAUAUAUAAAAGAGUUUGGUAGUUGAAACCAAAGAUGGUCUUCAUGGGCAUUUGCAAGCAGCAUGGCUGCCUGGGUCUUUGUCAUAAUGCAAUAGCAUAAGUGGUGAUGGUGGCUGAAGAGGAAAGCUGUUGAAAAAGAUAAAGUAGAGAAAGUUUUGGCUUAUCUCUGGUUUCAGCUAGUACUGAUGGAAAUAAUGAAUUGCAUUUUGCCAGGAUGGUAGCUAGCAGCAUGGAUGUGAACUGGCUGAACAAUAGGGAGACAAGAACAGACAGAGCUGCUGCCUAGCUGAGCUGAAGUAGCUGUGAAACAGUCUGUGAAGGCUGUGCAUCUGAACUCGCAGGAAAAUCGAAGUAACAACAUUGAAUCAAGGCUGAGUUUCAAGAAAAGGUGCAUUUUCUAUCUGCAUCCUGUUUCAUGGCUCUGGCAGGGUCUUGGAGAGUGCUGUGAAGGAGGGAACUGACUCUGCAGAUGAAGGCUCCAGAGGUGUUCAGGUGCUUGAGGCAGAGCAGAAGCUGAGCUGUCAGGAACUCAAACACCAUAGAUGUGCUAGAAUUAAUGGCUGGUGUUUUAAGUUGGUAGGCAAGUGGGAGAUGGAUGUGUUUCUUUGGCAGUGUCCCUUUCUCUUAUGUUACAGUUCAGAUCCCUGGACUUGUGCUAUUUUGAAUGGGUUUCAUGUCUUGAUGUGUUGAAAAUGCUUAUGUGCAUGUGGAAAGUGGUUCAUUUAAAAACCAUCUGGAACUUCUUAUUAACCUCUUCCAUGCUGGAAAAGGGACUACUGUUGUCUGAGCUGUCUUCUAUGUGGUUUCAAGACAUCAUGUUCCAAUCCAGGGACUGUUCAGGUGAAAGCUGCAUCAGGCUGGUUUCUGGGACAUAUUGUGCUCUCCAAGGAUGAAGAGGUGUAUUCCUCUAGCUUUGGGGAUGCUUUCCUACCUGAGUCCUCCAGGUAGGUGAUGAUCUGCUAUAAGCAAUAGCAACUUCCCAUUAGGUGUGGUAGAAAGAGUAUUUGAAAUGUCUGGGGACUGUGUAAAUCUCUUGUCCCAACUGACUGCUUUUCCUGAAGAAUAUUGAAGUAAGUUUCUGAGAAAUUGUCAUGCAGGGUGCAGUGUGGAAUUGUUAGUUUGGAUCAUGAGCAGGUGGGGGAAGCAUUGGUUACCAGGGUAAGAACACAAAGUUCAUAUUGGUUGCCAAAACUAUGCAGGCCCUUUGCUUAUCUUUUUUUUUGUUAAUGAGCAAUGCAGCCUCUCUGUUCUGCCUGUGGACUUUGCCCUGCAGGCCUCUAAGUAGCACUGGCACCUUGAAAACAAAGACUUCCCCCUUUUAAAGAAAAAUGUACUUUUGAAGAAAAAAGGUUUCCCUUUGUGUGAGAGGUGAAUUGUCUCAUGCAGGUCAACAGCCUUUCACUCUUCCCCUCCAUGCAGUGACUAUGUAAGGGCUGGACAAGGAAGUGGCCAGCUCAACCCUGCCACAUCAGCAAAGUGUUCUGUGCUGCUCCUGUCACUUGCUUGCAUUGGCCUGAGCCACAUGUGCUCAUGUCCUCUGGAAGGGAUGGAGGUGUCAGAACUACCCUCCUGCUGCUCCUAGUGCUGCUUAUGACUGAUCUGAACUGCUGGUAGACAGCGUGGGGAAACUUGGAAAGCUUCCCUGGAGUUGGUGGGCCUUGGACAGUGCUGAGAUAUGAUGGUCUUAAAGCAGCUGAGAAAUAGAGGAGCAACUGUUUGCCAUCCAAAGGAGUAUUUGGUGGCUCUCAACAUCCUGAGUGGACUUACCUGCCCUCCUUGAUGUGAAGAGCAGGUUAUGAAUUAGCCUUUUUAUUGGCUGAAUUCAGUGCUGAAGAAUCACCUGUGCAGGUGGUCAACAUGUCCAUCCUGUCCUUCACUGGCAGGACUCCCGUGUUGUUGGAGUGUCCUAUGUUCUGCUGCUGAGGAGCUUCUGUGCUAGAUCAUGGACUGAUCUUCCUCCUGUUGUAUUUGUAUGUAUAUAUAAUGCCAUAUUCAAAAUGGACCUCAAGCAGGAGUGUUCUGUGUGGAGGGAAGGGGGGAAAGGGGAGCAAAAAGAGAGAAAAUAUAGAAUAAAUGUAUAUUUUUGUUUGUAAAAUAAAGAAAUAAAAGUAAGU